GGUGAGGAAAAUGGAAGUUGUGUUUCUUCAGGAUCCAGCGAAAUAAUUGCUGAAUAUGGAAGCUUUGACACCUCAGAGGCAGAAGAGAUUCCAGUAAUCGAUUCAGUGAACACAAACAUCGGGAACAAUGCUAACAUUCUGAGCUGUGAGGAGCUUGAAAAUCCAAUUCCUCCAAAGACAGUUGCUGAGAUCAGAAUGUCUAAAACCUUUGACAGCCCAAACUCUGAGAAAGAUGAAGAACCAAGUUCACCAAAAGCGACUGCAGACAUUUCAAAUUCUGGAAAUGUUGACAGUGCAAAUGGUGAGGAAAAUGGAAGUUGUGUUUCUUCAGGAUCCAGCGAAAUAAUUGCUGACUGUGAAAGUGUUGAGUCCAAACACUGUCCGAAUUCUGAUGAAAUUCAGAAUUUAAGUUCACCGGAGAAGGGAGCGACAGUCAAGAAAAGCAUAGACUUCAACAGAUCAAGCUUUCUAGAAGAAUAUAAUUUCAGUCCUGCAGAAAAGGAAACACUAAUGAAAAUUGCUAUUCCUGAAAUUCUCGAAAUCUGGCUGGAGGAGUCUGCCGAAGACUUUCGUCAAGUUCCAACUUACUCUUGUCUCCGGAAGGUACUUUCCUACUUGAACCAGACAGUGCCAGGGUCAGAUGCUGAACAUCGGGCCCAGAAACUCCUGAGUCGGUUUUUGGCGGAGGAAACAGCGGAGAAAGAGAUGUUUAAAGGCUACCGUAGAAGAGUCAGAUUCUAUGUGGGAGAAGAACACGACCAAACCAUCGAACAAGUUGACGAAAAGCUCCUGUCCUACCCAUCACGCUUCAUUGCAGAGCAGCUGACUUUUAUGGAUGCUGAUCUUUUUCGGAAACUUGUGCCCAGCCAAUGUUUAGGGUCCAUCUGGUCUCAACGAGGGAAGGAAGAAAAACAGCAUCUGGUAUCAACCGUCCAGGCCACCAUGACACAGUUCAAUAAUGUUACAAAAUGUGUCACCAGCACCAUAUUAAGACGCCAACAGUUGAAACCAUGGCAGACGGCUAAAAUCAUUGAGAAAUGGAUUGAUGUUGCCCAGGAAUGUAGGAUUUUGCAGAAUUUCUCGUCAGUGCAUGCUAUUACCACUGCAUUGCAAUCAAAUAGUGUGUUCAAUUUGAAGAAGACUUGGGCAGCCGUGUCAAAGAGCAGUAAGACAACAUUUGAAGACCUUUCAAACAAUGAAGAAGAUAACUUUGUAGCGAGUAGAGAGCUGCUAAUGGAGGAUAUCGUUCAGGGAAUUGUGCCGUACCUGGGAACUUUCUUAACAGAAUUUUCAGCACUGGAUUCGGCUUUCCCGAAUUACCAUUCAAAUGGCUUGAUCAACUUUGACAAGAGACAAAAACUCCUCUGAACUCGAGAAACCGCCAAAGCCCAAAAAGAGUGUGUUUAAACGCCUCAGCUGCCUGUUUUCAAAGAGAGGUGUUAAAAUACACAACACUCAAACUAAAAGCUCUGAG